AGAGUGAGAACUGAGAAGUAAUACUAAACAAUAUUUCCACCAAACUCACUCACAUGUCCAUCCGAGAUGUAAACAUUACGGCAUGUCUAGAUAUUGAAACUUCUUUUGUUCUAAGAAAUUUAAAACUUACGAUGUCGGAGCUUGUGACAGACGAAACAAGAAAUGCCAAGUUUGCGGACUUAGGAAGACUUCAGCCAUGGCUUUUGCAACAGCUGGAUACUUUAAAGGUCCGUCACCCAACACCUAUCCAGUUCCACUGCAUUCCACCAGCUCUUCAGGACAGAGAUGUUAUAGGUGCUGCUAAAACAGGGUCUGGAAAGACCCUGGCAUUUGUGAUUCCUAUAUUAGAAAAGCUGUCGGUGGACCCGUAUGGAAUUUUUGCUUUAGUUCUUACACCAACCCGUGAAUUAGCUUACCAGAUUACAGAUCAGUUUAAGGGUCUUGGAGCUCCUAUGGCCUUACGGACAAGUGUAAUUGUUGGAGGGAUGGAUCGGCUGCAGCAGACAGCUGAAUUAAGUCGUUCACCUCACAUUGUUGUUGCUACACCAGGACGUUUAGCUGACAUCCUAGAAACAUCAGAUUUGUCAUUGAAAAGGAUAAAGUUUCUGGUCUUAGAUGAGGCUGACAGACUCAUGGAUGGUAGAUUUGAUAAACAGCUGAAAACCAUUUGGUCAUCACUACCAGAAAAAAGGCAGACUCUUUUAUACUCUGCAACAAUAACAGACAGAGUACAACGUAUGAAAGAUCUUGCUUCCUCAGAUGUCUUCCUAUGGGAAGCAGAUUAUUCAAAGCAAGCCACUGUCACAGAGCUAGACGAGCAAUAUUCAUGUGAAUCCAUUGUUCUAGAUGCUACCUUGGUUGCUGUGAUAUUAGAACAACAAAAGCAAGAUCCUAAGGGCCUCAUCAUUGUCUUUACAGACACUUGUAAAAGCACGCAGAUUUUAGGCCUGAUGUUGAAUGAAUUGGGUAUUGAAAGUGUAUCACUUCAUUCUAUGAUUAAUCAGAAGUCCAGAUUAGCAGCCCUUGCAAGAUUUAAGUCUUCACAAGUGAAAGUGCUGAUUGCUACAGAUCUAGCCAGCAGAGGCUUGGACAUACCGAGGGUAUCUAUGGUCAUCAACCACAAAAUACCCAAUCUUCCAAAAUCAUACAUACAUCGUGUUGGUAGAACAGCAAGAGCAGGAAGAAAAGGACAGGCAGUUACAUUAGUUACCCCACAUGAUUUAAAGCUGUUGUUAGCAAUUGAAGCAGAAACUAAUAGAAAGAUGACAGAUUUUGAGGUUGAUGAUAGUCUAGUGAAAAAAAUUCUCAAGCAAGUUAAUGUUACAAAGCGCGCUCAAGAAAUAAAAUUGGACCAAACUGAUUUUGAUGAGCGUCGCAACAUCAAUAAACGUAAACGAAUGAUCAUGGAGGGCAGGGACCCAGACGAGGAAGAGGCGAAGAGAGAAAAAAGGCGCAAGGAAUACACGAAAAGCAAGAAGCUAGCAAUAUCAGGAGAGGAAAAGAGCCUAGACUCUGAGGUAAAAAAUAAAUUAAAGAAAAAAGCAGGUAUACUAAAACCUCACAAGAAAUUUGAGAAAAAUGCAGGCAUGUCUGAAGUAAAGAAAGUGAAGAAAAAGAAGGUAAAGCUUAAUAGUUCUUUGUAAAUAAAUUGUAUUUAUAGUAGUA